AGGACGAUCAACAAUAUGAGACAGCUGCUCUGUAACGAUAAAGAGGGCUACUCAUUAUUUAGCAAAUCGCGUGAAUUUGAUAGUACAAUUUGCUAUGAGAAUCUAAACUUCAUUAGUUUACCAUCCAUAGCAUUCAUAUUACUAAGCAUACGUGACAUAAUCAUCAGCUCAAAACAUCCAGUAAGGAAUCAACCUAACUCUAAACUCAAGUAUGGCUUGAAGCUUAUCUCCUACCUCUCCUUGAAUUUGCUACUCAUCUUGCAAUUGUUUGAUACGUUAGAUUAUAGUAUAGAGAGCGUUAGUCAGAUUUUAGAAUUCCUUUCUAUCACUUUGGCCACUCUCAUAUCUAUUAUACAUCACAAUAGAUUUAAUAAACCAUCAACCCUUCUAUUGAUUUAUUACCCAGUCAUCAUUUUAUCCAAUUUACUCAAACUGAGAACGUCUAUCAUUAGCAACUACGACAACAUCAGUAUUGAUUUACAUAUUGCAACUCUCGCAAUCACUACUUUCAUUUGGAUCGUCGAAUCCCUAGGUCCUGGUUAUCCACCAUCAGCUGACCCGCUCCAAGAUGCAUCUAUUUACUCAAUAUGCUCCUUCUCUUGGCUUACCCCACUUCUCAAAUUAGGCAAAGAGCGUUACAUCAAUGAGGAAGAUCUCUGGGAGUUACCUGAUGAUGAACACUCAGAGCGCGUUGGACGCAAUUUAAAACAAAAGUGGGUUCAUGAAACUUCAAAAUCAAGCGGAAAACCAUCGUUAUGGUUUGCCCUUUGUAAGGCAUACGGAAAAGACUAUCUCGUUUACGCUACAUUCUUUAAAAUGUUACAAGAUAUCCUUACAUUCGUUCAACCUCAAUUACUCAAAAGUCUCUUGCGCUUUGUCAACUCUCAACGCUCAGACGAACCAGAACCUCUCAUCAAAGGUUAUUGUUUAGCUGCUGUUAUGUUCCUCUCAGCAGUUUCCCAAUCUACCUUCUUACAUCAAUACUUCCAAUUGGUUUUCAUGACUGGCUUGAGAGUCAGAGCAGGUUUAGUCAACUUGUUGUACGACAAGUCCCUUCAUCUCUCAAACAACGAGAGAUCUCAAAGACCAACCGGUGAUGUUGUCAACCUCAUGUCUGUAGAUACCAACAGGUUAACCGAUCUUUGCACUUAUGGACACAUUCUCUGGUCUGGUCCAUUCCAAAUCGUACUUGCCUUCUUCUCGCUAUAUGUCAAAAAAUUGUCUCUUGAGCAGAUGAAAAUUAAGGACAAGCGUACCCACGUUAUGAAUGAACUUCUCACCAACAUUAAGUCGAUCAAGUUAUUCGCAUGGGAAGAUUCAUUCAUUCAAAGACUUCUUCAAAUCCGUAACAAUGAGGAGUUGAAACUCUUGAAAAAGAUUGGUAUUGUUAAUGGUUUGAGCAACUUCGUCUGGAUGGUCACUCCAUUUUUGGUUUCGUUCACAACUUUCUGGAUUUAUUCUAUUACAUCACCAACACCACUCACAUCUGACAAGAUUUUCCCUGGUUUGGCUAUCUUCCAGUUACUUUCAUUCCCAUUGUUCAUGAUUUCCAACAUUUUAACAUCGACAAUUGAGUCAGCAGUAUCUGUUGAUCGUCUCAAAGACUUCUUAUUAGCCGGUGAAUUGGAUCCUGAUGCAAAGAUGCAAAUAAUUCCACAAGAUAUCAAUUCUGGUGAGGAAGUUGUCAGAAUUAGUCAUGGAGACUUCGCAUGGAAUUCCGAUUCAACUAUGCCAACAUUGCAGGAUAUCAAUCUUAGCGUUAAAAUGGGAGAGCUUAUUGCUUUAGUUGGUAGAGUAGGUGAUGGUAAAUCAUCACUCGUUCAAGCAAUUCUUGGUGAAAUGCACAAGUUUGAAGGUUCAGUUAAUAUCAAAGGUACUAUCGCAUACUACUCACAAUCACCUUGGAUUAUGGGAGCAACUGUCAAAGAAAACAUUCUCUUCGGUCAUAAAUUUGAUGAAGAGUUCUACAACCUUGUUAUAGAGUCCUGUGCAUUAGUACACGAUUUGGAACUCUUACCUCAAGGUGAUAUGACAGAAGUUGGUGAAAAAGGUAUAACUCUAUCUGGUGGUCAAAAAGCCAGAGUAGCAUUGGCUAGAGCUGUGUAUUCACGUGCGGAUAUUUACCUUCUUGAUGAUCCAUUAUGCGCUGUAGAUGCACAUGUCGCUAGACAUCUCUGGAACAACGUUAUUGGUCACACUGGUAUACUCAAAAAUAAGACUAGAAUUAUUUCCACCAACAAUGCUGGAUACUUUGAUCAAGUUGACUCUCUCGUUAUGCUUAGAAGAGGUGUUAUACUCGAACAAGACUCCUAUUUGUCUGCAAUUCAACGUCAAGGACAAUUAUGGCAGCUCAUGAUUAAAUUAGGCAAAGGCGGUACCUCAUCUUCAACGACUUCUUCAUCUGGCACAUCACUCAAUGAAAUGAAUGAUGCGAAUGGUAACGGCACCCCUCAAACUGAUGGUGAAACUACACUCGUCAAUGGUGAAAUUGAUGAAGAAUCACAUACUUUAUUCGUUGAUGAACAAAACGAAGGUCCAAAGGUAGAUGUUGUAAAUGGUGUUUGCGCUGAAGAGACUGGUCCUAAGGAGAAAAGAAUGUCGCUUAGCAUGCGUCGUGCAUCUGUUGUAUCGAUUGAUAAGGCUAAAGGAAUUGCUUUAGAAGCUAUGCGUAAUUCUUCACAACCUAAGGAACAAAUGGGCAGAGGUAACAUCAAGUCAGAGGUUUACAAAAACUACAUCGAAUCAAGUUCCUUCUGGGGUGUCAUGGCUUUCUUGGUUUGCGCUUGUCUCAUUCAAGUAUUCUCGGUUGCUGGUUCUAUUGUUCUUAGAUCAUGGGGUGAAGCCAACAACAAUGGUGAGGCUCAUGAUUUCAAGUAUCUCCUCGAAUAUUUCACUUGUGGUAUACUCUCAUCCAUCUUCAUGUUCAUCACUGCAUACCUACUCUGGGCGGUAUGCUCAAUUAAGACAUCUAAGCACUUACAUGACAAUAUGUUCCACGCAGUCAUGAGAGCACCAUUGGGUUACUUUGAAAGAACCCCAGUUGGUGUCAUUCUUAAUAGGUUCUCUCGUGAUGUUCAAGUUAUUGAUGAAGUACUUGUGAGAGUGAUUUCAGGAUUCUUCAGAACCCUCAUUGUUGUCAUUUCAAUCGUUAUCGUUAUCGGAGGUGCAUUACCACCAUUUUUAUUAAUGAUCAUUCCAUUAUCAAUCUUCUAUCAAUGGAUUAUGAAACUUUAUCUCGCAACAUCAAGAGAAAUCAAACGUUUAGAUGCAGUUUCAAGAUCACCAAUUUUCAGUUGGUUCCAAGAAUCUUUGGGCGGUUUACCAACUAUUAGAGCAUUUAGACAACAAUCAAGAUUUAUUGCCUCAGAGACACUCAGAAUGGAUAGAAAUUUGAUGGCAUCUUUACCUGCUAUGUCUAUCAAUAGAUGGUUAGCUAUGCGUUUAGAAGUACUUGGAUCAUCUGUUAUUUUUGCAACUGCUUUAUUUGCAGUAACCAGCGUAAAGAGAUUUAACUUAGAUGCUGGUUUGGUUGGUUUAUGUAUUAGUUACGCAUUGCAAAUCACAGGUGGAUUAAAUUGGUUCGUUAGAUGCGCUGGUGAAGUUGAACAAAAUAUCGUAUCAGUUGAAAGAGUUUACGAAUUGGCACAACUUGAACCUGAAGCAUUACCAGUUAUUGAAGACAACAGACCAUCAAGUGAAUGGCCAGAAAAGGGUGCAGUUGAGUUCAACAACUUUUCAGCAAAGUAUAGACCAGAUUUAAAUCCAGUUUUGAGAGAUAUAAAUCUUAAGAUUAACCCAUCAGAAAAGAUUGGUGUCGUUGGUAGAACAGGUGCAGGAAAAUCAUCAUUAACACUCUGUUUGUUCAGAAUCCUUGAAGCAUUCUCAGGUGAAAUUAAAAUUGAUGGUAUAGAUAUUUCAACAAUCGGUUUGAAAGAUCUCAGAUCAAGAUUAGCAAUUAUACCACAAGAUGCUCAAUUAUUUGAUGCGACCGUUAGAGAGAAUCUAGACCCUGAAGCUGCUCAUUCAGAUGAUGAUAUUUGGAGAGCAUUAGAGUCAACAGAUUUAGCACAACAUAUUACAGAAUUAGGUGGAUUAGAGGCUCAAAUUGCUGAAGGUGGUAGUAACUUAUCAAAUGGUCAAAGACAAUUAAUAGCCAUCGCUAGAGCUUUAUUAACAAAUUCAAGAAUUCUAAUCCUAGAUGAAGCUACAUCUGCGAUUGAUUCAAUGACAGAUAAUUAUAUUCAAGAUACAAUCCGUAGACAAUUCAAGGAUAUGACGAUUAUAACGAUUGCUCAUAGACUCCGUACAAUUAUUGAUUAUGACAAGAUUUUAGUUCUAGAGAGAGGUCUUAUAAGUGAAUUUGACACACCACAAAAUCUUCUAUUGAAGCCAGAUGGGAUUUUCUCUUCAAUGGUUAAGCAAUCAGGUGAAGAGGAUGAACUGAAGUCAAUAGUAGGUCUUUAAUCAGUAAUUAAUUUAUAUUUAUUUCUUUUAUCUGCAUCUCUCUUACCAAUUUAUCAUUGAUAGUCAUAUUUAAUUGCACAAUAUUAUUGUUAUUUAGAAAAGUU